UCCAAAUAUCCCGUCAGCCGUGCACAUCGCCUCUGACUUUCUCUGGGAUACGGUGGUACCAUAUACUCAUCACUGCAUUCCCACACUGCAUUUUAGCACACAUCAGGCUGCUGCUGCUCUUUAAACAACUCGUAUUUAUUUAUAGGCUUAUUAUUUCACCUUAGUCGGGUCGAUGUAUAUAGACGCUUUCAAACGGAUCCUCUAUGAAAGGCUGAACUGCUUGAAAAGAAUGUGUGUGUGUCAGCGCCAAGGCAGCUCAUUUGCCAUGUCUAAGACAGCGGUGAAGAAGCUGCACUGGCGUUCCAAGGUGCAGGACAGCUUCGUCCCGUUGCUCGGCUCACCGGGGGAGCUGGGGAUCGCCAUUGGUGGAGGAGCAGAUUAUGGAGAGUUUCCUUUUGUCACGUCGGCGCCGGGGGGCGGACUCACAGUGGGUGAUAUCAUCCUAGAGAUUGGGGGAACGCCAGUAUUAGGGAUGACAUUAGGAGAUGUCCGUGGCGUCCUCAACUCCUGCCCCCAUCCGAUCCGCAUCAAGACUGUGUCACCAGGCUCCGCAUUGUGCAAGGAUCUCAGAUUGUAUUUGAGCAAGUGUUUCACCCCCGGCUCAGUGGACAGCCAACUUCAGCAGGUCAUCCGAGAGAACCUCUACCUCCGCGCUGUACCCUGUACAACCAGACAGCCCAGAGAUGGGGAAAUCUCAGGCGUAAACUACAACUUUGUCUCCAUUGAGGAGUUCUUCUCCUUGGAGGAGUCGGGAGCGCUGCUUGAGAGCGGAAAGUUCAAAGGGAAUUACUACGGCACACCUCGGCCCGUUCACAUCAGCGCAGAGAGCCCCCCCAUCACCUACCAGGAACACCGCAACCUGCUCAGAAACUUCCGCACACGCAGCAAAUCGCUCAGCAACCUCGAGAAGCCUGCAGAGGACGGCGAGAACAGCGAGGACGACUCGGGCCUGUCAGGAGGCUCUGCAGGUGUCAACAGCAGCGUCCCUCCUAGCCAUCGGAGCCCCGGGCGGCCCCGGGCUUCCAGCAGCGGGGAUGGUCGUGCCAUAGAGAACGGGGUCAUCGGCAGCAGAAGUGGUGCCAGGGUGAGAGGUGUGAUGCCUGAUCACUGGGAGCAGGCCUUCAGUGACCCCGGCGAGUCUCACUACAUAGAUUGCAACCCGAAGAGGACCAACUGGCAGAGUCCUCGAGCCUCAAGCAGAGAGACUGUCUACAAAAAUGAAUGGUUCACGGACCAGCCUGGGGAGCUCAGGGGUUUCCCUGUGCACACACACUUGACCAAGGGCUCCAGGGGGUUUGGUUUCAAUAUUGUUGGGGGCAGCAGGCCAAGAGAGUUCCUCCAGGUCUACAGUGUGACUGCAAGUGGUCCCUCAGCACUCAAGACAGCGGACAUCCUGGUGUACAUCAAUGACUUUUGUGUGUUGGGGGUGUCUCACAAAGAGGUGGUAGAGAUGCUCAAGUCUGUGCCUGUGGGCCACACUGUGGAUGUAGAGGUUAGAAGAGGGUAUCCCAUGCUCUACAACCCUGACGGUUGUCCCAAGCAGCCCCCGCCAAGGCUACUCGACACCGGGGAACCCAUCCUACCACCCACCACCACCCAGCCUCAGCCUCUGCACCAACUACCUCGUCUCCCGACACCCACUCCCAACACCCAGCACUUUGACUAUAACGGGCUCCACAGUGACGGGAGGUACAUGGAACCAGGGGCGACUCUAGACGCUAAUGGAAAUGCUAUGUCUUUCGCUACCAGACAGCCGGCCUCAUACAGACGCUCCAGCAUGAGCAACGCUGCCUCUCCCCCGCCUGUGCGUCCUCCUCGUUCACUGAGAAGUUUAGCCCGGCUGCAGUCGUUCGACCCAACGCUCGCCAGCCAGAGUGACAGUGAAGUUGUUUCUGCCAUUGGUUCCCACAGGGCAUCAAUUAUCCGUAAUCACAACAAUAACUCCCUCUCAACACCCCCUCAUCCUUAUCGUCACGGCACAUCCAAGUCGUCUGAGAGUGACCUGUCCACCUGCACUCUGACGGGGUCCCGGCUGCCUCUGCCUCAGUCCCCGAGGAGGCCCUCGUCCUCCCCCAGCGGCCCCCACAGCGCUCACUCCCGCCUCUUCAGACCGCAGACCUCACAUCUCAGACCUCCUCCCACCCCUGACAGCCCACACCAUUACCGUGGCUUUAACGGUUUCCAUGGCAACACCAGCCCCACUGCAAGUCGCAGCAGUGUGUCCUCUCCUGGGGCAAUGAGUGUGGGCAGUGCAGUUGGCAGUUUGAGCGGAGGGGAGCUGGUGCCGGUGGCCUUGGGCAGGAUCGAAGGAGACCGAGGACUCGGCUUCAGCGUGACGGCUGGCGGUCCGGCAGGCAGGAUGACUAUAGUGAAAAGAGUCUGGGACAGGAAGCAGUGCAACUCCCUGCAGCCAGGGGAUGCUAUUGUCAAAAUCAACGGAGCAGAUGUCCAGAGUCUUAGUUUUACACAGGUACAAACAGUUCUCCAGGAACACACCAAACAGGCGGAAGUCAUCUUGUUGAUUUACAGAGGAGGCAUCUAUCACUCAACCAUCUCCCCCGGCUCCACCCGGAGACUCCCUCCGCCUCUACUCCGCCCUCCUCCUCCACCUGUUGGUUCAGACAUCUCCUCUGUGCUCCCAGAAGCACUGCCUAUGCCCCGUACCUGCAUCAGCAACCCUGCCUCCCCAGCCCCGAUGCGCGCCUCGCUGAUCCAGAGCACCAGUUUUUUGGAGUCGAUUCCAGUGACCCUGACCAUGGAACCCAAAGACUGGAUCAACACGGGCCUGGAGGACGAGGCGGGCGGUGUCACAGUUCCUGACUCCGGUCUGGAGAGGGAAAGUGGGGAACGAACUUGGCCGCUCAGAGGGUUUGAUGUGGAGCUGAGGAGAAAGCCAGGAGAGGGCUUUGGGUUCGUCAUUGCCUCUCAGGAUGUGGAGAAUGGCAAAGCUGCUUCACUUCUCCCUCACCGGUUUGUGACGGUACGCAGAGGCAGCCCGGCGGCCAAGAGUGGUCAGAUUCGGCCUGGAGAUCGAUUAGAGGCAGUAGAGGGACGCUCGGUGGUGACCCUGCCUCAUCGGGAACUUGCUCAGAUCCUUCGUCGAGCAGGAAACACUCUGCGCCUCACCAUUGUCCCCCGACCCAGCACCUAUUCUUCAAGCCUUUCAGAAACCACUGAGUAUGACCCCGGUAACAGAGGCAGAAAGGGUCAGAGGUUGCGUCCAAAGGUGAGCGAUCAGCUUGUGGAGAUCAAUGGGGACAGUACAGCAGGGAUGACCCACAGCCAGGCGGUGGAGCAGAUCCGCAGAGGAGGCCACCGCAUCCACCUGGUCCUCAAGAGAGGAAACGGCUAUGUGCCUGACUAUGGCCGUGAGCAGAGAAUCGCCCCCCCCUCCCUCCUGCAUCACCCCAAGGAGCAGGGUUUGGCUGCAGUAGACUCCACCGGGCGGAAGGGGCGCAGCUCCAAGCAGAAGAGGAGAAGCAGGUCUUCAAAUGGACGUGAGAAAGAGGAAGGGACAGGAAGGAGCAGAAGAAAACGGGGCUUAGAGGGAGGAGGAAGCCCGGCUUUACAAAGCCCCAUCUCUGAGCGGGAAGAGAGGUCUCUGGAAGCCAGGGACAAGAGGAGGAGGGGGGGAGGAGGAGGAGGAGGAGGAGAAAGAAAGAGUCCCAGAGUUUACACAGAGAUGCCCUCAGGAGUUAUGAUGAUAGUGACACAGAAAGAGGGACAGUGAGGGGAAGGAAACGGGAGAGGGAGAGAGGGAGGAGCAAAAGCAGAGAAAGCCAAACUGAGGAGAGGGUGAGGAAGGCAGAGGGUAAAGAGUCUGAGGAGAAGGAGGAAGAGCAUCAGGUGCCUGCUGUUGAGGAAAAGGUGGAGGAAGUAGAGGAGAGAGUCAGUUUAGAGAUAGAGGAGAGUGACGAUGAUGUUUUCUUACCCAUUCCAAGUCUUAAGCGAAAGCUUCCCACACCCAAACAAAACUGGGAGGUGAUGUAUGAUGAAAAGUGGGACAUGGCAGCAGAGUACCGGGAGCAGGAGAGGCCACGGGGUGAUUACAGGGGUGGCAGUAGAGAGCCAGGGCUGAAUGAGGAUCAGCAAGACGACGAUGCACAAAGCUGGCGUGUCGAGAGGCCUUCACGAAGCGUUGCUGCGAUAGAUCCGGUGUCACAGAGAAAGCACUUCUCCUUCCUCGCCUCCAAACUGUCGGUAGAGCAGCUGGACGACGAUGAGUUAGAGUCCGGAGGCAGCGAAUCUGAAUCUGACAGCAGCGUGUCAGCUGCCAGCAUCUCAGGCCUUUCUCUGGCCGCCACAGAAGCUGGCGGGCACACGGUAAAGGUGCUCCCAGGCCCUUGGCUCCCACCCAGCCAGCAGAGGCUUGCUCAGGUCGUGGAGGGUGACAGGCGCCCCGGGAGGCGGACAGGGCAGGCAGGAGGGAGAAGCGCUGUCUUUUGACUUUUAACUGGAAGUAGAGCAUGCAGCAGUAUCAGAUCCUGUCAGUCUCACACUGUUAGACCUCGACUUGUUUUUCUGCAGCUACCCACACUACCAACAUGUUCUCUCAGUCACUUUGAUAUCUACAGUAUGAAGUCAUAUUCUUUGUGCCUUUUUAGAGCUGACCUCUGGCUGAUGUUAAAUGUCAAUAUCACAACUUGUAAAUGACACCAACAUGGUAAAGUUAUGUCUGUUUUGCUGGUGGAAAAAAAAAAUAACAUUGUCUUUUUUUUCAGAGGCACUGUUGCCCUCACUAUGUAUCACUCCUCUCCUUACUUUUGCAGCAUUAGUCAUAGAUGUUUCCCGGACAACAAGGUAUUUCAGACACCUUGGUUUAACCUACUUCCUAUCUCUCAGUCACCUCUCGGCAUCUCUGUCUUUGCGCCGCUUUAGCAGAGUAAUCCUCUCUAAAGUGCCGCCCUACUGUACAAAGACAUUUAUGUAUACCUCAUGAAGAUACUGAGCAAUAAAAAUGCAACUGUCCAAGACUAUCA